AUGGAUGCAACUUUGGUUACAAGCUUGAACAAGCUACGAUCCGGUUUAUUGAAAUGUUGCCCUGAACAAGAUCAGAUAAAAAGGGUAAUCAAGCCAUUUGGCGACGUAUUUCUAAAUGGAUCGCUAAAGAAUAUGUAUAUUGAUAAUGCAGGCAACGAUAUACUAACGCUCUUAGAGUCUCCUCCAAUAUCUGAGAGUUAUUUAGAUUCGGUAACGCCUCGUCUAAAGAAAUCUAAUGGGAAUGAUACGUAUAAGCAGCCACAGAAAGCCAGGGAAUCAAGUGGUUCUGGUGAGUUUAUUGCGGCCCUUGAUAAUCCUCCUAUUAUAGCUACCGUGAAGGAUAGCUUGGAUAUUCCAAAUUUAGCUUAUAAAGGGUCUAACGAUAGUAUUGAGCGCUCGUCCCUGUCUUCGAUGUUGACAAAAGACGGGGAUGCUAAUAGAAGUCAAGAAGAGAAGGAUAAUAAAUCCAAAUCACGAUUUCGUAGUAUAUUUAGAAACCAAAAUAAGAAGGAUCCAAGAAACAAAGAUCUUGAGGGUUUUGAGUUAGAUACUCAUGGAAACUUGAAGCCAACUAGUAAAAGGGUCAGUCUCUAUGAUAGUGAAUUUGGACUUGAUGAUAUCAUUGAUGAAGACGAUGAUGAUAAUGAAGAUUUAGAUGCUGAGGCAAAUAAGCGUUUUUUUUAUAUGAAUGCACAUCUUCGAGAAAGUCUCAUGAACACCACAAAAUCUGGUGGUAGUUGUGGUGAAACCAAGGCAAAGGUUUCAAAAAAGGCAACCUUCUUGGACAACUUUUCCUUAAAUCCCCAAAAUAUUCUGCAUGGUGGUGAAGCACGUCAUUCAAGUGUACAAAAAUUUGAUAACUCGUCUUUUGAUUCCAGGGGAACGGAUGGGUAUCGUAAUUCGAAUCCUGAAGAUCAGAUGAUUGAAUCAUUUAUUAAUCAGAGAGACCUUGAACCUUUAGCGUUAACAAACAAUUCUAAUAACCCAAGAGGGGCGCACGGUGAUGAUCAAUCUAUUCGUCACAAUGUAUCCAGUCAAAGUAGUAUUGCUCAGCCUGAUGAAGACUCAGGGGUAAGUAUUGAAGAUUCUGUUCUGGACGCUGCAUCCUCUUAUGGCUCGUCCCUACUAUAUUCGGACUCUAGUGAUGCUGAAUUCCAGCAGCACAUAAUUAUUGACAGUUCCAUCGAUACUGAAAAUGAUUCCAGGUCCCAUGGUUAUAUGAGCAACUCGAUCCCGAGUAGUCGCGAGUUUGGGAUAAUGUAUAAUCACAGUGAUGCUUUGGUUGGUAAUAUGAUGGAUUUUACGUCUAGGAGAAAUAACCAAGAAAGCUUUAAUACGUCUGGAAAGGAUCAUCUUAGUGCAGUAUUUUCAUCAGGGAAAGAUUCAAAUGGGCCUGAUAGCCUAUCCAGCAGAAGAUGGUCUAACAGUCCACAGCAUAUGGGAAGAUCAAAUAGGACUCGUAAUUCGUUGCCUAAUAAUGCGACUGCAGAGCCUUUAAAAUCUAGGACAGGAAGAUACUAUCAACACAAGAAAAGUGCAAGUGAUGUUAGUCGUGAUCAUCUAAUGGCUGCGUCAGAACCUUUUGUGAUCAGGAAGGUUCGUAUUGCAAGGGAGAAGUCAAUAAAAUCACAGUUGUCGUCACUUCUCAAGAAAUCAGAUCGAAACACUACUAUAAAUCCCUUAGAGCACUUUGCAGCAAUAUCAGGGUCUAAUUUAGAAGAAGGUUCUUUUAUUGAAUUGGAUGUCUACGUUCAGUCAUCAAAAACUUAUAAAAGAAAUCCAUUUACGAUUAAAGUUCUGAAAUCCGCUUCGGUUUUCGAAGUGCUUGGAUAUGCUUUAUAUUGCUAUACUACAACUUCUAGGCCGGAAGAUAUCGACGAUGAUGGUUUAAAUAUUCAUGAAAUUAUAAAUCCUAACUAUUUUACUUUGAAAAUCGUGGAUGAAGAUGGUGAACCGUUUGAAGAUAAUUUUGGAGUUCUAGAGAGAACUUUAAAAAUUGGAACUGUUUCUGAUAACGAAGUCGUCAUUUGCCGUGUAGAUAAUCAAAUUCAAUUCAGAAGUAAUGAAGCGAUUACCCCUCUGAAUCAUGAACUGGUUCCGAAAAAUGAGUCGACUGCAGAUGCAGGCAUCAAAUCACGCAAUCAUAUGGAAUCAUCAGUUUCCGUGACAAUGGUUAAUUCUAAAAAUUCUCAAGCCCAAAAGAUUGAAGUUAGGGUACGUAUGCCAUUGAUCACGUCGUCCAAAGUCAGCUAUUGCAUGGUUAAGGUUCCACUUACAUCUCAAAUUAACGAUAUCCUAAUUCAAUGCUGUAAGCUACAUACAUUAGAGCACGGCAGAUACUAUUUGAGAAUAUCUAAUACACACACGUUGUUAGAUCCGUAUUCUACCGUGGCUAGUUUAAACGGCAUUACGGAAUUAGAGAUGGCUAAGAAAGAUUCAAAGUCCAAGAACUUUGAGAAAUCAAACCCUUCAAAACACCCUCCUACUCUUCAAACUAUCCAAAGCACAGAGUUGGUAACUCAACUAACUCUAGACGUUGGUGAUCAAUUCAUUAGAGCGGGUGAUGUUUCUAAUACCAAAAAAGAGGAUAUGGCAGUGGAUGGACAGUCCAUAAACAAAACUACUAAUAACAAUUCUAAAAAGCACCAUUCUUUAUACAAGCUUGGUAUUAGCAGGCAGCACAGUUUGACUGGUAAUCACAGCGUAACUACUGGUGGGUUUUUUAGAAAUAAAAAUUCUUCUAAAUCUUCUUUGGGUAACAAUAAUGCCCAAUCUUCGAAUUUGCUGCCUGCUGGAUCAAGCUAUAAAGACUUGUUUACUGGAGCAUAUUACAAAUAUAAGGUAUGGAGAAGACAACAGGUUUCCUUUAUUAAUAAGCAUGAACGUACAUUAGCUAUAGAUGGGGACUAUAUUUAUAUUAUACCCCCCGAAGAUGGUUAUCAUUGGAACCAAGAGGCGGGCAAAACUAAAUCCUUUCAUAUUAGCCAAGUAAAACUUGCUAAAAAGUCCAAAAGAGUCCAUGAAUAUUUUAAGAUAUUUGUGUCAAAACCAAACAGUGAAAAACGUUACUAUUUCGAAGCAAUUUCUUCAGAAGAGUGUACCGAAAUAGUUACUAGGCUACACAACUUAUUGGGGGCAUAUAAAAUGAAUCACAAAAUCAAAUAA